GGUUUAAUCUUUCAGUCUAAAUACCGUUUAUUAUUGUUUUAUUGAAAAUACACUUUGAGGUGACAAAAACAUGCAUCAAUUUAUCUCAGAAUAAACUGAAAUCAUGCUUCGUCUUUGUUCUCAUAUUCAUCCAUCAUAUGGUCGUUUCAGAGUGUUUUCAUGUAAACACUCUAAAAAGUAUAUCCAUUCUUCUAUUCCUAUUAUAUCUCAAAAGAUAAAUUCAUUAUCUAUUAACCAAACAGAGUAUGCUAAAACGUUGACAGAUUCCUUAAUUCAAGGUGAUCGUUAUAGUUUAGCAAGAGCAAUUACACUUUUGGAAUCUUCUAAAGCUGAACGUCGUGCUGAGGGUCAAUAUAUUCUUGAUACAGUAAUAAAACAUUUAGCGCAACAAGAACUAACAACUGGAAAGUUUACAUUCAGAAUUGGUCUUUCUGGUCCACCAGGCGCUGGGAAAAGUACAUUUAUUGAAGCAUUUGGUGGUCGCCUUACAGGUAGUAAACCAUGGAAUCCUGUAAUUAAUACUUCUUAUAAAUCUUAUGGUAAGCAGCGGCUGACACCAGACGAAGAACAUUUCAAUCAAGAAAUCAGGGAACUUCAUCGUGUAGCUGUCUUAGCAAUAGAUCCUUCUUCACAUACAACUGGUGGUAGUCUCUUGGCCGAUAAAACUCGAAUGCCUGAAUUGUCCAGUAAUAUGAAUGCCUACAUACGACCAUCCCCUAGUGGUGGAAAUUUAGGUGGUGUUGCUCGUGCAACUAGUGAAUCCAUCCUACUUUGUGAAGCUGCAGGAUUUGAAACUGUCCUCGUAGAAACUGUUGGUGUUGGACAGUUAGAGUUCGCUGCUGCAGAUAUGGUUGAUAUGUUUGUCUUGAUUAUUCCUCCUGCUGGAGGUGACGAAUUACAAGGCAUAAAACGAGGGAUUGUUGAAGUUGCUGAUCUGGUUCUAGUGAAUAAAGCAGAUGGUGAACUACUGCAUCAAGCUCGUCUUAUCGCUACAGAAUAUUCGAAUGCUCUCAAAUAUAUGCGUUGUCGAAGACCUAAUUGGAUUCCGAAAGUACAACUUGUAUCCAGUCUAACAGGUGACGGACUAAUUGAAUUUUGGUCUACAGCUUUUAAAUUUCAUCAAUCACUAAUUAAAUCAGGUGAAUUACAAAGAAUACGAAAAGAACAAUUAAAAAUAUGGAUGUGGACAUUUGUUAAAGAAGAGAUUUGGCGUAGAUUUAAAAACAGUCCACUUAUUCUAGAGAAACAAAAAGAAAUCGAAACAUUAUUAUUCAACCGAGAAAUCGCUCCUGGUAUAGCCGCUGAAUUAUUACUUGAUAUUGAUCAUAGAAAGUCAUAA